ACUACCUCGCAGAAAUUAUCCAAAUUUGUUGUCUGAGGGCUGAUUCUUCGACUCCGUUAGAUUCAUAGGAAGAUCUGCCAUACAAGGCCCGGCAGAUAUGGCGGCCACUAUCGAGGACCUGAUCCCGCACAUCUACCACGAGAAACAGCAGGAGGGCUCGAUGCUAUGCGCACAGCAUGCGCUGAACUCUCUCCUUCAGGGACCAUAUUUUUCCGCUCCAGACCUCUCGGAGAUUGCACACAGACUCGACGUCCUCGAAGAGCAAUACAGCGAAGGUAAUCGAGAACAUGGAAGCACGAAUAUGGAUGACACCGGCUUUUUCUCCGUUCAAGUUCUAGAGGAAGCUUUGCAAGUGUGGGGGUUGACGCUCGUCCGGUGGCGGAGCGAAGAGAUGCGCCCCUUCCAAGAUCGUCCGCACACGCAACUAGCCUUUAUUCUUAACCAGCAUCAGCAUUGGUACGCACUCCGAAGAUUCGGGCCCGCCUCUACAGAUGCGGCACGCGAUCCUGGCGAGGGCCACUGGUUCAACCUGAAUUCGUCCCUUGAGAGACCCGAGUGGGUCGGCAAACUGUAUCUCGGCAUGUUCUUGCAGCAGGCAGAGACAGAGGGUUACUCGGUCUUCGUCGUGAUCCAGAGAGAUCCAGAAGGUCCCCUUGCGCUACCGCGGACAGAGGCAGAUGAAUUCGCGACGGCGAUCCCAGAAGAGUCUGCCUCAGGGCGGACCCGCGGCGAAGCCUCGGCUUCGCGUACAGCAGUUGAAGGCUUCGAAGACGAAGACAUGGAACUGCAGGCAGCGUUGCAGGCGUCUCUGACGGGAGCCGCGCCCUGGGGACAUCACGAUCCCUCUUACCCGGCCCCGGUCGCAGCGGCCGCCCGCGACCCUAUUUUUGGCUCGGGAACGCGAACUCCUGUCGAGCGCGAGCGCGAGGGGUCUGGCGUGCCAGCGCAGCAGUACGGAGAAGAGGACGAGGAUAUAGAGCCAGAGGUGUUCUCGGCCCCGUCCGCGAGCGAGAGCCGGUACGCACGUCUGCAGGCUGCAGCAGACGCGGACGCAGAUCCCAUCGCCGCAAGCCGCGCGAGGAGCCAGGCGUACAUGGAGCACGUCCGGCGCCAGCAGGAGGCGGCACUGCGUGACAGCUACCAGGAGGAGGUCGCACGUGCGGAGGCGGGGGUAGGACGGCGGAACGUGAGGGCCGAGCAGGAAGAGGCCGAGUUGAUGCGUGCGAUCGAGGCGAGCCGGGCGAUACACGAAGCCACGGGCGGAUCGCCUGCAGAGGACAGUGAGGAGCGCGAGGUGCCAAGGCCGAGUCCGCCCGCAGAAACGUUUGGGGGCGACAGGGUGUACGACGACGAAGACGCGGAGCUGCAGGCGGCGCUCAAAGCGUCUCUGGAGACCCUACCCGAGGGAUUCGAAAUACCGUCUACGCCUCCUGCUUCUCGCCCUUCGUCGUCUCUGCCGGUAGCACCAGCAGCAGUAGCAGCACCGCGCGUAGAACCCUUGCCGCAAGCUGGGCAUCCGGGUAACGAGGAAGACGAGAUCGAAACCGAGUCUGAGGCGGACGUCAGUGCCGCUGAGGCAGAGCCGCAGCUGUCGAUGGAGGAGAUGAGGUUGAAACGACUGGCGAAGUUCGGGGGCUAGGGCGCCGCGCUGCUUUCCUCGGACAUCGUCAGGGUCGGGCUCCUGCUGUAUAAUCGCUGUCGUUGUUCCUGGCGGGAGGCGAGGUCGGGCUUGCUCGCUUACCACAUGCUUAUUCG